AUGGUGAACUGUGAACAAACAACUCUCAUCUGUGUCCUCUUGUCAGUUCAUUUCUGGGCGCCAACGUUCAAGUGGGGUAUCAGCAUUGCUAACAUUGCAGACUUUGCAAAACCUCCAGAGAAAAUCUCUCUCCCUCAACAGAUAGCGGUUACUUGCACCGGAGUCAUAUGGUCUCGCUACAGCAUGGUUAUCACUCCUAAAAACUGGAACCUCUUUAGCGUUAAUGUUGCUAUGGCGGGGACAGGCAUUUACCAGCUUACUCGUAAAAUAAAACACGAUUUUGCAUCUGAAGCGGAGCCUGUUGUUGCGAAAGAAUGA